AUGGUCUCCGAAUACUGCCCCGUCUACUCGCCCUUCUUCGGUGCUAUGGGCUGCACCUGCGCCAUUGUCUUCACCUGCUUUGGUGCCGCGUACGGUACUGCCAAGUCUGGUGUUGGUAUCUCUGCUAUGGGUGUCCUCCGCCCUGACCUGAUCGUCAAGAACAUUGUUCCCGUCAUUAUGGCUGGUAUCAUUGGUAUCUACGGUCUUGUCGUCUCGGUCCUUAUCUCCGACGGCCUGAAGCAGGACCUGCCCCUCUACACCGGAUUCAUCCAAUUCGGUGCUGGUCUGUCGGUCGGUCUCGCCGGUCUCGCUGCCGGUUUCGCCAUUGGCAUCGUUGGUGAUGCAGGUGUCCGUGGUACCGCUCAACAGCCUCGUCUCUUCGUUGGCAUGAUCCUUAUUCUCAUUUUUGCCGAAGUCCUGGGUCUCUACGGUCUGAUUGUCGCUCUGCUCAUGAACUCCAAGGCGACUCUCAACGCCAGCUGCGACUAG